AUGGCGGAAGAUGGAUUGCUUCAGAUAGAGGGGAUUAUAUAUGAGUAUUCUAGUCUUUAUAGUGGUCUAGUAAGUGCGAUAACAUCGCAGCUAAUGAUAGAUGCUAAUAUUCACAAUAUAGAGAUAAAAUCUAUAGUUAGUGAUAGAUGUCCCCCUGUUAGUAUCCACAAUGAUGUAGGUGUGCGGGUUUUUUUAGAUCAAAAGAAAUCUAAUGUAGAUUUCUUUACGAAAUAUCCAUUGUGCAUAACUUUGAAGAAUAUAGCAAUAGAUCAUCAGGAUUCUAUAGUUGUUGUUGAUAGGAGACAAUCUGAUGUUAGUAGAACACUAACUAACUUUGAUUUAUACUCCAGCAACUCCAUCCGCUUGAUAGGAGUGAAUUUAGAUGGAGUUGUCGAUGAGAAUACUGAUGAAGGAAAUGGAGUAAUCAGUUACCUUUCUAAUUUAUUUAUAGCUGAAAAACAGAUUUACAAUGAUAAAGAAACACUUAUGGAGGUUAUGCGACAUUAUGGAGUUGUGGAAAAAUUCAGAUUUCUUGUGACUCGUUCUAGUUCAUCUUGUUAUUACCUGAAGUGUCCUGCUGAUAAUUGUUCCUGGAUGAUGAACUCAUCAUGUUUGAAUCAAUCGAAGAUAUUUAAAAUUAGAAAGUACUGUGUGGAACACACUUGUUCCGUUAGAGAUAGAGUGUAUGCAAGGCGUCAGGGAAUAACUGACGUUGUAGUUGUUUUAAUAAUGGAUAAAUUUAUUGAUCCAUCGACUGUAUACACUCCAAAAGAUAUAGCGGAAGACGUUUUGAAAGUGCAUGAUGUUGCGCUAACAUACAUGCAGGCCUGGAGAGCUAAAGAAAAGGCGAUAAAAUUGGUGCGUGGAGAUCCAGCCAAAUCAUAUGCCAAACUUCCAGAAGCAUGUAUUAGAGGUUGGGAGUAUUGUAGGCCAAUUGUAGUUGUUGAUUGGGCAGCUUUGAAAGGCGCAUAUGGUGGUACAAUGUUGACUGCAAGCACUAUGGAUCUAGGAGGUCACAUACUUCCACUUGCUUAUGCCAUAGUGGAUUCUGAGAAUGAUGCAUCAUGGACCUGA